AGGAACAGCCACAAUUCUCUACAACAGCAGAUAAACAAAUAGAAAUAGAGAAAAUAUUAUUGAUCUUAGAUAACAUUUAUGAUUCGAUUGGUGAAGGACAAUUAUAUUUUACAUCAGGACGUCUUGAUAGCAAUUCACUUACAUAUGGUGAAAUCAAUUGCUUCAUUAGCUGGAUUAGAUAUGCAGUCCGGACAUUAAUUUAUUGGUGUAUCGCUCAGAUGGAGUUAAAAGCUCAAAUGCAGGAAUAG